GCUGACUCUGCCCCCAGCACACACCCACAGCCAGCCUGCUCUGAGUGGCAGAUCCCAGGCAAGGAGUGUCCGCCUUUAUAAGAGGGACAGAGUGUAAGGAGAGUGCUGACCCUAGUCUAUUCUGCAGCCGACAGACACCGUCUCCUUCCUACCGCCCUGUGUACACCCCCACCUGCAGCCAGCAUGUCGGACCAGGCUCCCUUUGACACUGAUGUCAUCACCUUGACCCGCUUCGUGAUGGAGGAGGGCAGGAAAGCCAAGGGCACCGGAGAGAUGACCCAACUGCUCAACUCCCUGUGCACGGCUGUCAAAGCCAUCUCAUCGGCAGUGCGCAAGGCUGGCUUGGCCCAUCUGUGAGUAUGCACAGGGCUACUACCUCUAUUACAACUCCCAUGGGACUCGGCCAGCAGCCGAAGUGUCACUGGUUACCUGUGAGCCCAGUGUCUGUACUCGCAGUGCAGUAAUAACUGGUCAUCCCAGAGACACAGUGUUCUGUAUACACAUUCUAUGUGUGACGUCACACAUCCUGAUUGUAUUCAGCACAGAUUCUAUAGGGAGGUGAUGCUACUGUGACUAUCUUCCUGCUUUCAGCCCAGUCCCCAACCAACUACAGAGCUGUGAGUCUGCCACCUAUGGCAACUCACUGGCUGCUGUGGCAUUGCUGGAUAUCAUAAUCUAGUUAUGAUUGUGUGUGGCCGGGUUAUGUGUAAUACUCUCUGUGGGACCAACCAGGGAGUUUUUGUGUGUGUCUCUCGCUCUCUCUCUCUUCUCCGCCCGUCCCCCUCCCCCUGUUUCUACCACUAAUAUUGUUCCUAUUAACCAGGUUAAACUGAGUACUUCCAGUACUUUGAUAAAUAUUAUAACUUUUUUAACCCCUUACCCAUGGCAGGCAGGUGAGUUGUUAAAGGGACACUAUAGUCACCUGAACAACUUUAGCUUAAUGAAGCAGUUUUGGUGUAUAGAACAUGCCCCUGCAGCCUCACUGCUCAAUCCUCUGCCAUUUAGGAGUUAAAUCCCUUUGUUUAUGAACCUUAGUCACACCUCCCUGCAUGUGACUUGCACAGCCUUCCAUAAACACUUCCUGUAAAGAGAGCCCUAUUUAGGCUUUCUUUAUUGCAAGUUCUGUUUAAUUAAGAUUUUCUUAUCCCCUGCUAUGUUAAUAGCUUGCUAGACCCUGCAAGAGCCUCCUGUAUGUGAUUAAAGUUCAAUUUAGAGAUUGAGAUACAAUUAUUUAAGGUAAAUUACAUCUGUUUGAAAGUGAAACCAGUUUUUUUUUCAUGCAGGCUCUGUCAAUCAUAGCCAGGGGAGGUGUGGCUAGGGCUGCAUAAACAGAAACAAAGUGAUUUAACUCCUAAAUGACAGUGAAUUGAGCAGUGAAAUUGCAGGGUAAUGAUCUAUACACUAAAACUGCUUUAUUCAUUAAGCUAAAGUUGUUCAGGUGACUAUAGUGUCCCUUUAACAACUCACCUGCCUGCCAUGGGUGAAGCUCCCAUCACCUGGAUUGUGGGACAGGAGAUUGAUAGAAAAAAUAUGAGAAAUUGGCUGAAUAAUAGGACUUUUAAAUUUUAAAAACCAAAAAGUGUUAAGCAGCAGCACUGUUGCUCUUUCCCACAAUCCCCUUUGAUGCUGAAUUAGGCUUUUAAUCAUUUAAUACGAGGUUAUCUGGUGGUGGGUCUCCCCAUGACCUCACUUAAUGCCAAUGGGUGAAGAGUUGAAAAUCAGUGUCGGGGAAUAAAGUACCCCACUGCUUCCUACUUCCAGGUCUGGGCUGUGGGAUGGAAGUACAUUUAAAAGGACACUGUAGGCACUGUAAUUGUUUCCUUCCAUUGAAGUUAGCAUAGUGUCACUAUACUCAAAGCCUCAUGACCACUACAGUCCACUGUUCCCAUUAAAAGGAAAUUGUUUUACAAUGGUUUGCCACUUCUCUUUAUCCCACAGGCCACUGAGUUGCAAAAAAAAGCGACAGAGCUGCAUAAGCCAAAAGCCGAUGCUGACAUUAAUUCAUUGGCUGAGAGAAUCAGCUGAUCACUCUCAGUUAAUUAAUAAAACUGUGAAUAGAAUAUGCACAGAAUUAACAUUAGCAAGUCUGGUGUUCUGUCAGAAUCUUGACCCACACAAUGUCUGGCGCAGCCGCGUCACAUCCGGUGGAGUGGCAUCAUGUAUGGCCUGUGCUGCACUUGCGUGGUGAUGGGUCCAGAAAUCUGAUACACGCUACGAGCAUGCGCAAAAUCUGUCACUAAGACAUCAGCUAGCAUCGUAACUCGUCCUGCAAGGUAAGUAAAACUGGUGUGUCAAACUCGCAUCAUAGUUAGGACAUUCACUAAAUGUACUAGAGUGACAUUUAGGGUUACGUGAGGGUUAAAAGUAGGGUUAGGAACUAAUUUAGCCUCUCUUAUUCUAACCCUAGAAGUAAAGUUCAAAAUUAACCUUAGAUAUGAUUUUAAAUUCAGUUGGUUUUUCCCUAGGUGUCAAUAAUCUCUAAAUUAAGAAUUAAGGCAAUGAGCAGUGAUGGGUACAUAUGUCACAGCCCUGCGAAUAUGUUGGUGCUAUAUAAAUAUUUGUAAUUUGCGGGGGCUCUGGAAGUACACUUCUCCCAAAGCUCUCAGCCAAUAAUUGCUAGGUGGAUGCAACUAAGCUGGCUAAUACAGAAACAUAAAUUUCACAUUACAAACCUGGGUGCCAGGAAGAUUGGUCUGUUGUUUUUCAAACCAUUCAAAAAUGAUUUGACAAAAACAAAUUAUAUGGCAUACCCAUUCCACUGAGGUGUAGUGUGUAUGGUGCUUAGACAAGUGUCCCAUAAAUUAUUCAAAGCCAUUUGGAUACAUUUUUAAUUGUAUGAGUGUGGGAUAGGGCUCCUCCAAUUGCCUUUGUUGUUUUCAUGCUCUCUGCAGCUUUUAAACAAUGGAUUAUUAGAUUCUCUCUGCAAUCCUAAACCAAGUGUUGGAAUGGAAAGUUAUGCUCUAAAUUCCAUUACAAUCAUCUUCAAAAUAAAAUAGUUAUCUGCCAAACUUAAUGGUAGACUGCAAAAUAUACAGAAUUUAGCCAGUUGUUUUGCUACUGAUAACUAGUCUUUAAUAUAGAUAGUUACCUACUUGGGAUAUAUGGCUGAUACAUUGUACCAUUGUGUGGUUUACAGGACAGAGAGUAUUUGGGGCAAAGUAAUAAUCGAUGAUUAAACAAUUGCCCUUUGCUCCAAGUGCCCAAAUAUAACCUUACUUCUCUGUCAUAGUGCCAUGAUACCUCAUAGUCAUCGAUUUUGUAUAUCAGUCCAUAUUUUGGAGAAACCCAAUAGCCAUCAGUCCAUUUUCUACCUUGGCUGCAAUCCUUUGCUUAACCCCUUCCCGACCGCAGACGGAAAUUUUUCGUCAACCUUGUCCUUCAGUUAAGGACUGUUGACGGAAAAUUUACGUCAUUUACUAAAGUUAACCCCAGAUCGCGGGGUUAACGGUGCUCCGGUCUGCCUUUGUAUUAGAGGCAGACCGGGAGCACACGAUCAGGCUGCCCCAGCACAUGUGCUCAGUGUACUUACCUCCCGGGUUCUGUGUGAAGUGCAGGGAGACGGAUCAGAGCUGAUCCUCUUCUCCCUGUGUGAAAAUAAAAUAAAAUAAAGUUAAAUCCCACCCCCUCUUUCCCCUGCUUUAAUAAAAUUAACCCCUUCCCUGCCAAUUGAUCACUGACUACAGUGAUCAAUUGGCAGGGUAUACAUUUUAAUGUCAUCUGAUUUUUAUUUUUUUUAACACCUGAGGAUUUAUUUAAUUAAAAUAUUUUAUAAUUAUAUAUAUUUUGCUAGCUGGAGUGGGUGGGAGUUAUGGGAAAGGGGGGAAUUUACUAUUAGUGCUGCUUACUGCUAGUUAGGGGUUAACUGUAAAGGAAAAGUAAAAAAAAAAAUUUAAGUGUAAAAAAGUUAAGAAAGUGUAAAACAUUUAAUAAGUAAAAAAAAAAAAGUUUAAAAACUGGUUUUACAAAGUAAAAAAAGUUUUACAAAGUAAAAAAAUGCUCUUUACCACUACACUUGGUACAAGCUAGCGGAAAAAUGAUCCCACGCUAAGGUUCAAAAUAGGCCUUUUGAAUUACCCUGGGAUGUCUUUAAGAAAUGGUAUGCCUUUAUGGUGUAAUUGGAUUAUAUAGCCUGGUAAAAUACUCUAAAAUGGGACAUGGACACAGGGUAAAAAUUCAAAGUUUGAAAAAAAACUGGAAUGGCUGUGUCUCAAAUGUGCCCCUUCAAUAUCCACAUAUACCUGGCAAAGGUACAUACGGGGGUAUUGCUGUACUCAGCCGACAUAGCUGAGCAACAUAUGAAGUAGUAUACAGUCGUAGCACACAUAUGAUUUGCAAAAUAUACUGUGCAAACUCACUUUGUGUGUCAAAAAGGCAAAAAAAACGCUUAUUACCACUACACUUGGCACAAGCUAGCAGAAAAACUAUCCCACGCUAACGUUCAAAAAAUGCCUUUUGAAAUACCCUGGGAUGUGUUCUUUAAGAAAUGGUAUGCCUUUAUGGUGUAGUUGUAAUAUGUAGCCUGCUCAAGUGCUCCAAAGUGGAACACUGACGCAUCAAAACCCUCCAUGAAAAUUCACACUUAAAGGACCACUCUAGGCACCCAGACCACUUCAGCUUAAUGAAGUGGUCUGGGUGCCAGGUCCUUCUAGGGUUAACCCAUUUUUUCAUAAACAUAGCAGUUUCAGAGAAACUGCUAUGUUUAUGAAUGGGUUAAGCCUUCCCCCUAUUUCCUCUAGUGGCUGUCUCAUUGACAGCCACUAGAGGCGCUUGCGUGCUUCUCACUGUGAUUUUCACAGUGAGAGCACGCAAGCGUCCAUAGGAAAGCAUUGUAAAUGCUUUCCUAUGCGACGGGCUGAAUGCGCGCGCAGCUCUUGCCGCGCGUGCGCAUUCAGCCCAGGAGGAGGAUCGGAGGCAGAGAGCUCCCCGCCCAGCGCUGGAAAAAGGUAAGUUUUUACCCCUUUCCCCUUUCCAGAGCCGGGCGGGAGGGGGUCCCUGAGGGUGGGGGCACCCUCAGGGCACUAUAGUGCCAGGAAAACGAGUAUGUUUUCCUGGCACUAUAGUGGUCCUUUAAAAAUCUUAACUUGUCACUUCUCUUUUACAGCAGUGUAACUUCACAAAAUAGUGUCUAGGUCAUACAUUGGGCAUAUUGUUUUACUCAGAAGACUUAGCUGAGCAUAAUAUGGGGGUUUAAACUUAGUGGCACAUAUGAAAUGUACAAAAUGCCCAGCAAAAAUGUAAUCCAUAUGUAAAAAAUGCCCAAAAUUAUAUUUUACAACAUACUUUGGCAUAUAUAGGUGAAUAAAUGGGGGCAUGUUAAGGCACAAUAUGCGCCAUAUGAGAUACACUGGAGUGUCUAAUUUUACAAAUGGUAGGCCUUUGUGGGAUUUUUUUGAACAGUCAAACUGCUAUAAUACCCCAAAUUGAAGCAUAGGCCCAUUAAAUCCGCCUCUCAAAAUUCUACUGUAAAUGUUGAAACGGACAGGUCUCCUAUAUGGCACUGUAGCUUCACGAAAUAGUGUCAAAGACAUACAAUGGGGGUAUUGUUGUACUCCGCAGAAGUAACUGAACACAAAAUCAAAAUUUGUACAGGAAUAGCACACACCAUCUUUACAAAAUACACAUGAGAAGUUCUUUGUUAUAAGUUUGUGUGCCAAAACCCCCCAAAAAUAAAAUUUUACUCCAAUAUUUAGCAGAGGUUGGCGGUGAAAUGGCUACGUAGAAAGUGUCAAAAGAACCCUAGGUAAAUAGCCUGUGAAGUCUACUUUAUAUAAUAUAUACUUUUGUGUGGCAAUUUUGUUUUCUUUUAUGGCUAUUAAGCUUACAAGACAAACAUACCAAAUUCUAAAAUGGCUCCACAUUAAAAGUUUAUUUUACUCCUUGUGCUUUGUGACCUGUAACUACCAUAAAAUAACUUAAAAUCUCAGACACAUUAUAUAUUCUGUAAAUCAGAACAACUAAAUUAAUUUAUUUGUAAUUUAACCUGCACUAAUUAGGCACUCAUUAUUAUUGCAAAAACUGUGCAAAAAAACACAUUUUUAAAAAAAAAUAAUAAAUAAGUGUGUGUGUGUGUAUAUGUGUAUAUAUAUAUAUGUGUGUGUGUGUGUGUGUGUGUGUAUAUGUAUGUAUAUGUUACAUCAAAUUAAAGCCCUUUCUGUCCUUUAAAAAAACAGUAUAUAAUAUGUGUCGGUGCAAUAAACGAUAGAGAUGCUAAUUGCAGUUGAAUGCAUACAGCAAGAAAAUGCAAAAAUUGCUUGUGUCAUUAGCUUCUGAAGCUGUGUCCUUAAGGGGUUAAUAACUAAUUUUUUUAAUUUUUUUUUUUUUUGGGUAGAUAAACAAACAUUAGAUUAGUAGGUGAGGUUUUCAACAAACAUGUAUCACAAAAAAACUUGUCCUCUGGACACCCCUAGAGCCACACCCCUAAAAGAGAAUUGUUAAUUACUUAGGUGUGUACACACAAGUCUGGCAACUUUUACUGUAUUUUCUUUCUACAUUUGUUUUUCUGUUAUAUCAUAAUAUAAGAAAGGAUGAGUGGUCAGGUAUUUGCUAGUCAUAUGUACAUACAGGGUGCAGUGUACAGAGUUGAGGUUUUUGUACUCCGCAGAUAAAUGGAAGAGUGUGCUGAUAAGUCUUGUAGUAGCAGGAGCAUGAUAUGUUUGCUCAAUGUGUCUGCCAACAAACUUAUCCCAAAUUUAUUAAGUAUUAACCUCCCUUGGCACUAUAAGGUAUUGAGCUCUAUCUAGACUAAUAACCCACCUUGCUGCUUUCAGUUUAGAGGCAUAAUCUCUAAUGAUUUAGAAGAGAUUAUUCUUUUCUAAAAUCCUACAAUGUAAAUAACAUUAAUAAAAAUCCUGUUCAUGACCAAUUUUUAUUUUGCUUAUCCAGAACAUAAUAGUUUCACUAAUUAUUUCUCAUAUCUCGAUUCCUUUACUGCAUGCUUUUCCUCAUGUUACUUUGCCAAAUAUUAACCAGGUGGCUUGUAAUGAGACCCAAACAAAAAAGAGGUACCAUCUGAACAAAAGGCAUUGGAAAUCAACAAACCAAAAGUCUAACUUUUCCUCCCCAUACAUUAUUUUUCUAAAGAAAUAAAUUAAUAAGAAUUCUUAAGAUUAAUGAUUCACUUUCUGAAUAAUUGAAUCCUCUGGAAGUGUGGCUGUAUGAACUCACUGGACUCAUAACCAGUGUUUUAAGAUGCACUAUUUUUCCAGCCUAAAAUUAUAACUUGGUUACUAGUUUAGUGUUUAGUAGAAAAAUAAAUCCUAAUACGUGUGUCUGUUUAAUACACAAAGCUGUUUCAGCUGACUGUUUCACCCAGUAACCUUAUGACUUUUUAGCAAGGGGGAUGGUGAAUAAGAAUAUGUACUGAAGGAUUUAUACAAUGCAGGGGAGGCCUUGCUGCAUAUAGUGCAAAUGCAGUUAGUGCUAUGCAAACUUUGAUGCUUAAGAGCUACCAGAUGUAUUUUCCAUUUAAUCAAUAAAAUCACACAGCAUGCUCUUUGUAUCUUAAUUUGACACCAAUACUAAGGGGUGUUGUUCCUGCCUGGCCAAUCACUAACACAGACAAUUAGAUAAAUGCCUAGUCAGUCUUGUUUUCCUAAAGGUCAGUGACCCUGUGAAACUUAGACAAGGAACACAGAUACCUGACUUUCCACACCACACAUUCAGUUGCUCAUUGUGAGCAGCAAUUUCUAUCCAUUAUAGAACCAAAAAUAUACUCCUCUGGUUUAUUAUUGUCAGGAAUUCAAUGUGAAUACAAAGAUAAUUCAACAUUUUGAAUGCCUGUCCGUGUCAAGUUUUUAUUUAUAAAACUUGGUUAAAAGCAAUUUUUAAAUGUGGAACUUUUUUUAUUUAAGUUUGCAUUUCCUUAUGCCCCUUGUACCUUAAUGAUUACGCUAACACCCAUUGCCACGUGCUUUUAUCUAUUAUCUUUUCUUAAUUACCCUAUAAUCUCAAUAUCUGGGUGCUGCCAUUUUGUUUUUUCUCUGUCCAUGAUGUCUGCAGUUUGCCUUUUCCUGUUUGAUUGAGUUUACUGAUGUAUUGUGAGUAAAUUUGCUUUACCAAAUGAAAUGGAACUUUGCUUACGCUCCGCCCAUUGCCAAAAGAAAUCAUGUUCCCCAUAAGAAAAAUGUGUCACUAUGUUCCUUAUGUAUAACUAAAAACUAAGGUGAAUUUAAUUAAAAACAAAGAAGCAAGGAGAUACAGAGGGACAAAAAUUAUAUUUUAUUUUUUUUCCAAAGAUUAAUUUAACAACAAAAUCUACAAAGUGACAGAGCUGCUAUAAAGCACUGUCCUAUACCAUAGUCCUGUACAGAGAUUUCCAAGUUACUCCAGCUGUAGUUCACGCAUCGAGUGACGAUAUGCUAAUAAAGCAGUUAUGAAGUAAUAACCUUUCUGAGAAACUGCCCUUUAUGACAAUGAAGCUGGCUGAAUGUCUGUUUUCUCGUCCGCUUGGAUAGUAAUCUUAGCACUUUUUUUGAUUGACCUUGAUGAAACCUCUUCUUUUCACAAUUUAAUGGCUACAAGCACACGACAAGGGAAACAUUUUUACCCAUAUAUGUGUCGUGCUCUUCUGCUAAUUGUAAAUAUAUGCUGACUACUGUUUAUCUUUUUUAUACUAUUGCUGUGACUUUGAUGAAUUUCUGGCCCUUGCGUCCAAUAGUUUGAAAUUAUCUCUACUUCUAAGAGGCUGAGCUAGAUUGCCUCAACACAAUCAAUUUUACAUGUUAUAGGUAGGGCAUUACAUCAAAAGUGCUUCCUUGUAUGUAGAAUUGAUAUGCUGUUGCAAAGCAAUUGCAUUGAGAUUGCCCAUGAUUAAUGAAUGGCUAUCUACAUAUAAAUAAUCAUUAAAGUAAAAUUUCAAGCAUGGCCCUCUAACAUGGUUUAUAGUUGAUUCACAUGCCACUUUAGGGCAUCCGUAUUAAAAGGGUGGAGGUGUAGAUCCUGAUUUCAGUGUGGCUAAACAUAGGGCAAUCUUUCAGUCCUUGGUGUGUAGAAUGUUGGCUGACCUGAACUAAUAGAUAAUUUAACCUAUAAAUUGCAUCUAAAAAGGAAAAAAUAUUUACUUAAGGGACAUUAUUGUGCAAGUUGGUGACUGCUCAAAUUUCUCAUGAUUAUCCCCAUUAAUGACCACCUGUUAGAAUGUUUGUGUUAACACAGGGUCUGUGUAGCCAUACUUGAUAGUGAAAAGAAAGAGAAGGCUUUGUUUGUGGGCUUUUUUUUUUUUUACACCAUUAGCAAAAUGUAUUAAAAAUUCACAUUUAAUGCUUUCUUUAGCUAUGGCAUUGCUGGAUCCACAAAUGUGACAGGAGACCAAGUGAAAAAGCUGGAUGUUCUUUCAAAUGACUUGGUCAUCAACACCUUGAAAGCGUCAUACAGUAGCUGUGUUCUUGUGUCAGAAGAAGACCCGCAUGCCCUCAUUGUGGAGCCUGAGAGAAGGGUACGUACACUUUGUGAACACAUACACCAUUUAUACAUCACUUUAGUAAUUUAUCAUGGAAUUUGUUUUUGUGUAAUAACAUUUUAUUAUUGCAAAAGGCCUUAGCCGCACACAAAUGUGCACAUUUUGGUUUUGCAGUAGAUGGGUUUUAACCCCUUAAGGAGACAUGACAUGUAUGUCAUGUCAUGAUUCCCUUUUAUUCCAGAAGUUUGGUCCUUAAGGGGUUAAAACGUUUAUCAAUCUGAGGUAGAUGGCCAAAGAAUGCAGGAAUGGUGCAGAUGGCCUCUCUAGUUCAUCCACCUGUUGCCAGAAUAGCCUAGUUCUCUUGUAGUGUUAAGUUUAUUGCUAACAGUUCUUUGACACCAGUUCCACCACCCUUUACAAGCUCUGGAAGCUAACAUUAUGUAUUCAUUUUCUUUUGCCCUUUGCUUCAGGGAUCUGUAUACAGAGCCCGGUAAGUUUAGCUAUCUAUGUUUAGGAAGUUUCUUCAGUAUUGUGUUUGUGGUCUUGCAGUGAUGUAAUUAUGUUUAGGCAAUAUCUAGUUUGAAAAACAACUUGUAACUUUUCCUGUUGGGUUAUGUGUUAAGUAACAGUGAAUAUGGUUCCUCACAAAAGUUGGUUGAGGGUUUCCAUUGUGUGCCAAUGGUUUUGUAAUAUCAUAGUGUGCUACUGUUGUAAAAUCCUCCCCACCAAUAUUGGGUUAUUCAGUCCCUAAUUUAGUGUGUGAAAAUGCACUGUUUUACACCAACAACAUGACCUCCUCAUGUAUCAUGCAUUCAUAAACAUCCCCUAUAUUACACUGCAUUUAAUGUCUUAGACUGUGGUUCUUAACCUUUUAUAACAGGAACCCAUAUUACACACUUGGCAUAACAUUGUAGAUCCAGUCUUUAAUUUUAAAAUGACCAAUAAAUGAACCCAUUCUGUAAAACACUUUAGCUGCACUCUUGCUACUAUUUAAGGGGUCUGCAGUGCACUGGUGAUACAGUUGCCAGGGGCCUUAUGAAUAUGAUGUUCCACUAAAAUAGCUUGUGAACCAAUUCUGGAUUCUGACCCAUGAUCUAGGAAUCAUCGAAUGAAAAUGCUCUAUUCUAACUCAUACACAUAUUUAUGUACAGCAUCCCACACUAAGUGCAUGGUGUGUUAUUUAUACUAUAUUACCUUAGAGAUCGUGUUGAUUUGGGGAUUAAUACCAAACUACAUUUUUUUUUUUUUUUAUAUCAGUUUAGCAGGGAAAAGUAUGAACACAACAAAAUACAUUGACUAUAUUUACACUGCUAGCGUUGUUAACUUUAACAUAUCAUUUUAGGGUAAGUAUAUUGUCUGCUUUGACCCACUUGAUGGUUCCUCGAACAUCGACUGCCUUGUCUCUAUUGGGACAAUCUUUGCCAUCUACAAAAAGGUAAGCUUUCUUAUUCAUGAACAAACACAGUAUUGCACUUGUACAAAUGGCUAUUCUGUAACCAAAUUUAGAGGAGGAAAGGGUACACGCUAAUAGUUGGGUCUAUUUCAAUGAGAUGCAUUACCAUAUGUUUGAGUAUACAUCUUACUGUAUGUGUUUGAUUUCUGUGAGAAAACAUCAGAACUCCUCCCAAAUAGAAUAUAUGGUGCAAGUUUGAAAGGACAAUAAUAUUAGGUAGUUAAGCAGUUUGAAUUUGGAGUAAAUAAAAGCACAAAGCUUUUGUUAAAUAACUGUACAAAAUAAGCAUGGUUAUUUUAAAUAACAUUUUAUUUUACUCAAGAGAUAAUUAAAGGGACACUAUAGUCACCAGAACCAAUACAGCUUAAUGAAAAAGGCAGUGCUUACAUUGCUGCUUAUUAACUUCUCUAGUGACAAUCACUCAGACGGCCAUUAGAGAUGCUUUCUGUGUCUGUACUGCAUAGUGUGCAGCACCCAUGUACAGUGUCUCUACGCUCUGCAUGGAGGCGCUGAACUCUCUCCAUAGAAAAGGGAGAUGCGAUGCUAGGGGAACUGGGGGCCUAUAGUUUCAGGAAUGCAGUUUGUAUUACAGACACUAUAGUGUUCCUUUAAAUUGAUUUAACAAUGUAACCUAACGUCAGCCCAACUUCCACAGCGCAAAGCUCAUACAAUACAGAGCAGCAGUAUCUUCAAGCCAGAUGUUCCCUGCCAAAAGCUAAAGCCGACAAACUCAAAUGCCUCACAUUUACACACUAAUAAACUGUUAGAAAAAUGUACAGUUUCUAGGUACAAAUUGCUUUUUAGAUACAGAGUGCUGGGUUUUCAGUAUGAUUUCUAUGCAGUGAUAUAUCUUGUCAGUGUUGCUACAAAAAAAAAAAAAAAUCAUAAACAGAUUGUUGGCAUUUCCAUAUGGUUUGUUGAAUUUGAUUUUAAAAAAGUGUCUGUCUUUUCCAGACUAGCGACGGUGAACCCUCUGAAAAUGAUGCUUUGCAACCAGGCCGUAAUAUUAUAGCUGCAGGCUACGCAUUAUAUGGCAGUGCUACGAUGAUUGUUUUAGCUAUGGAAUGUGGCGUCAACGGUUUCAUGCUCGAUCCUGUGAGUGUUAUUUAAAGUUUAUUACUAACAAGUUUGCAAAAACAAAAGUAAAUCUAAAAGACUGCUAUUCAAUAAAUCUAUUUUUUUUUUUUUUUUAAACACGAGUACUAUAGUGCAGGUGGUGGCAUCCAAACCUAUUGUCCUUUGCCCAUGGUCCAAUUUAAUUACAAUCGGGGAGAGAGAAUAGCAAAAAGUCCAAAAGAGGAAUAAAAAUAAACUUAAUACCAUAUUAUUUGGGUGCAGCACAGAAAAGGCAGGAACAAAAAAAAGCACCAAUUUAUAAAGAAAAUGGUGCAUGUGCACAAAACUAACUUCUACAUGACAGCAAAUGUCACAAUUUGUAUAUGUAAUGCCCAGUGUGUUAAUUAGUACAAAUUUAAAUUACUACUUUGUGUUGCAUAUGCUCCUUACUACAGCCUUCAUCUUUUCAUGGGUGACCGCCUAAAAUCAUGGAACCACUUUUUCUAGUAUAUAAAAUAGUCUAAAUAAUAAAUAUGUAUUGAAUAUUAUAGUUCAUUUAUUUUGUGUUUGUUUUCUUAAAUAAAAUAAUUGAUCACACAUGGACUAGAAUACUGUUAUAAUUUCUGUUUUUAUUAAAGGAAACUAAAUCUCCCUCUUAUCCCCAGGCAAUUGGCGAAUUCAUUUUGGUCGAUAAAAAUAUGACGAUUAAAAAGAAGGGCAAUAUUUACAGUCUUAAUGAGGGCUAUGCCAAAUACUUUGAUGGUGCUGUUACAGAAUACCUGCAGAAGAAAAAAUUCCCUGAAGUGAGUAUUAUGUGAUGUUGUGUGAUAUAAUUUCAUUCAUAGUCCUGUAGGGUCGAAACCCUGACAGGGGCCCAGGGUCUGUAUACUAAUUGACAUUGUAUAUCACUGGGCAGUAUGGUCAAUAUUUAACCCCGAGCUUUCAACAACCAAAUUAAUUUCACAUAUACAUGUGGUUUUGUAAUCAGAAAUUUAGGGCAAUUGUGGUAAUGCUAAAAUACAAUGUAGAUCAGGGGUCAUCAACCUGGUCCCUACCUCCCUCCAUCCAGAUAGCUGAACGCUCUAUUCAUCUCUCGCGCACUCAGUGGUAAGCAGGAAGUGCGGGUGUGCAAAUUCGAAUGAGUGUAACACGCCGCUAGAGGAAGGGGAGGAGUUGGAGUAGGUGGGGGAUACACGAUAGCAGGGAGUGGAGUACUUGGAAAAUAGGAGAAAGAAGGAGCAGAGUGCUUGUAGAAUAGGAGACAGAAGGAGCAGAGUACUUGCAAAAAAGGACAAAAAAGAAGGAGCAGAGUACUUGUAGAAUAGGAGAAAGAAGCAGAGUACUUGUAAAAAAGGAAAAGGAGAGAAUUGUUGUUGGCCAAUAAUAAGGGAGGGGAUUGAGGAGGGAGGGGAGCUGAUGCACGGAUGAGAAAUCACAUUAUGAGGAAACCGUCUGAGUAUCACCACAAGAGGAGACCUUCCUUUGUUCCUUACGAAAAUCGAACUAGAUAUCAAAUAUUUAGUCUCGCAGCAUCAGCCUCAAGGAUCCGAUUAAUCAGUAGUUAAAGCUAAUUUCAAUUUACUUUAUUGUUUUCUCAUUAAACUUUAUAAAGUUAAAAACAUUAUAAACAUGCAUAAAGUAGAAAUAAAAAGAUAAAUGUACGUACAUUUAAAAAAUGGGGUUUUUUUUUGUUUGGUUUUUUUAAACACCCUCCUUUCUAAAACAAUAUUCCGCACUUGCGCUAAAAAAAAAAAUGAAAAAAAAAAUAAAACUGGUGGGCGGUAAGGACAUUUUUCCAUCAUGAAAGAUGCAUUAGUGGGCGGAAGGUAGAACAAGGUUGACUACCCCUGAUGUAGAUAAUUAUAUAUUUUUUGCCUUAUCCAUUUUAUUUAUUGUUUAAAAGGAUGGCAGUUCACCUUAUGCAGCAAGAUAUGUUGGUUCAAUGGUUGCUGAUGUGCAUCGAACUCUGGUAUACGGAGGAAUUUUUCUGUACCCUGCUAAUGUGAGGAGUCCAAAAGGAAAGGUGAGAACUGGUUUGACAGGACAUUAUUGCUUGAAGAAAAAAUGCUUUAAGCUGGGUUAAGGUAAUCACAACCAUUAUGUUGGGUAUUUUGCACCUUUUAAGCAGAUGAGUUGUCUAACUAGUGUUGAAUGUUCCCUAAGGCUCCAAGAUCUCUACAUUUUGUCCACAGUAAAGCCUUUCAGUUUAAUAAACUGUUUAAGAUUUUUUGAGAGGUCUCCUGCUUUUACAUAACCGUAACAGGAUUCAAAUUAUCGCAUCAUUAAAUUAGAUUAUAGUUGGUAGAUAAAUUUCUCUUUGACUAGUUAUCAAAUGUGUUUUGAACUGUAAAUAUCCCUUUUUAUUACUUACAUCACUUGUUUUAUUGUCUGUUCAUUUAUAGUUGAGGCUUCUGUAUGAGUGCAACCCAAUGGCCUACGUCAUGGAGAAGGCUGGAGGAAUGGCAUCUAAUGGACUGGAGCCAGUGCUGGACGUAGUUCCAACUAGUAUUCACCAAAGAAUGCCUAUAGUCAUGGGCUCACCAGAUGAUGUACAGGAAUAUAUCGAAAUCUUCAAAAAACAUGCCCAAAAGUGAGGAACAGUUAAUGUAACUUCUGGCAGACGGACCAAAGAAUUCAGAAUUCAUUUACCUACCUGCACUAUUACAAAAACCUCAGGAACCUUGAUUUUUAUAGACAAUGCUGGGUCUAAUGUAAAAAAAACACAAAUAAAAAGCUUUUAUAUAUUCUGUACUCUGG